AUGGCGGCGCCUAAGCUCGAUUUGGGUGGUCUGUCGAAUAAGUUCGACGGCAGUAAUUAUCGCCUGUGGAAAUGCCAAUUGGUAAACCUACUAGAAGCGCAUGGGCUUCUUGAUGUCGCUGACGGAACGACAGCCAGGCCGACGGCGGACGCGGACAGAAUUCUCGCAUGGCGUCAGACAAACGCGAAGGCAAAGGCUGUGAUCACAAACUCGCUUGAUUACGCGCAGCUCGAAUUUGUCGUUGAAUUGAAAACCGCGAAGCAGAUGCUAGACAAGCUUGACGCACUGCAUGACACAAAAACGGAAGCUAACAAAGUAAGUCUCUUGCAAGAAUUCUAUGCCUUACGGAUGUCGUCACAAGAAACGGUUACACAGUUCAUCUCACGAGUUGAGAGUCACGUACGUCGAUUAACGGAUGCGAAGAAGACGAUCGGCGAAGACGAAAAGAUUGCGGUUAUGCUAUCGGGAUUACCAUCCAAGUUUAACACGACGAUCACGAUGUUCAAAACGAGAACCGACGACAAGCGCACGGUAACGCAACUACAGCGCGAUCUGAUUGACGCUGAGCAAUUGAUGCAGAAGACCGACGAGGUAACAGUUGCACUCGCGGCAACCGCGGUGAACACCGAGACGAAGAACUUGAAGCCAGACACGAAACAGAAACCGAAGAGAAAGUUCCGAUGUUACGCAUGUGGAAAAAUGGGCACGCAUUACGCCCAAGAUUGUCGUGCGCGUAGUGACAAAGAGAAGACGAAAUCUGAUCAACAUCGCGAUGUGAAUAAAGAUGCGAAGGCAUUCACGGCUACCAUCACUUCGGAAAUCGACUCAAUUAUGCGUGAGGAUGCAAGGAACGUGUGGACAGUCGACAGCGGUUGUAACGUCCACGUCACAAGUAGACGAGAUUGGCUUGUCAAUUUCAAAAAAGAAACCGGUGCAACGUUAACGGUCGGCGGAGGUCGAAAACUUCCGGUACUCGGUAGAGGUCGCGUCAAUAUUUCGCGAACGGUAAAUGGAUCGCGACGAAAAUUCGCGAAGUGCUCUACGUUCCCGAACUCGGACAUAAUUUGCUAUCGGUCAGCAAGUGUGUUGAUAAUGGAAUGCGACAAGAAGCACACGGAAACACGUUCAGAUUCUACGAUGGGAAGAAAGUGA